CGUAUAAGAAACAGAAAAUUGUAAUUGUUAAUCAUGUGCUUCUUUAGCAUCGUUACACGAUUUUUGAUCAUCGUCUUUGGGAUAUUGCGUCCAGCCCGUUGUACGCACAGGGUCCUGGACGAUAUGGAGUUGGCCUCUUGGGCCAAAUACUGGAUAGUCUAUGCAUCGCUGGUGUGCCUGGAACUAGUGGGGGAUACAUUCUUCGCCUGGAUGCCGCUCUAUGCAGAGAGCAAGCUACUGAUUGUGCUGUGGCUGAUUGUAUCAGCGCCCCAGGCCAGCGUCUGGGUCUUUGAUACGAUUCUCAAUCCGCUGGUGAAUCAGCACAUGCCGAGGAUCGAUCACUUUCUGAUGCACGGCAAACGCCAUUUACUAGGGGAUGUUCUGAGAUUCACAUCCGAACUCAGCAAACACAGUCUGAAGGCUGUGCUGCCCGUGGUGUCCCAGAUUUGGAAGAAAUCUCCAGGCGUGCAUACCGACGAUUCCAUUGCAGAGCUCAACACAAACAGGCAAACGAAUGAGGAAACAAAUACUAGGCCCGAUGAAAUGCAACCAGUUGUUGAUAACUUGCCCAGUUCAUAUUCUGGUCAUUACUACGAUACCAAUGCAGAAGAAGAAUACUAUGAAGUGACUUUUCCACCCGCCAGUUCUCAGUCACAAUCUCAGACUCACGUAUCGCAGCGAAAAAAGAAUCUCUCAAAACCAUCGCUCCCAGAGCUGGCGAAGAAGAUAGCAACUCAACUAUCUUCACCACCAUCAACUCGCCCCAAGCGGAAACAAUACGUAUACGACAUGCAGUUCGAUGAUGCAACUCUCAAGACCGAUUCCCUGUUGGACGUCGAGGAAGCACUGCAAAGCCAGCAAAUUCCCGUCGACCGCUCGCAUCGUCAAUUUUCAUCUCGCAAGGAACAUCAACGUUAUCAAUAACCUUCUCACUCGACCUUAAUAUUAAUAAAUUUACUGUAAUGCAAUACUUCACUCUGCUUGACAGAAUAAAAAUGACUAGAGAAAAUUAACAAUUAAAUAAAAAA